CCGGUCUGGAAGACUAACGUGAUCAGGCUUCAUAUAGUGACUCACAGUUGUCGUGGGUGCGUGAACGUGGAAUAGUAACGAAUGCUUCAAACUGUCUUAAGUAAAUGAAACAUGAUGAAGACUGGUAUGAUUGUAAAGGUGCUAUGAUAAUCAUAGUAUGGAUCGUAUAAUAAUAUGUUUUUUUCUCGGGUUUGCUACCAGUGUGGCGCUUCAUUUCACGUCAGCCGUUCAUUUCAAUGUACAACCAGUGAAUACUCUUGCAAUGGUCGGAAAAUCAGUUGUUCUACAUUGUGCAUUGGACGAAAUGCUUUUGGUUGGAGAAACUCAUCACUGGGUAUGGACAAACCAAAUAACAGGGAAGAAUGUAACUUUGACUACAAAUCGAAAAACAGAGGCUGGUCUUUCGCCAGAACUUUCACGAAGAUUAAGUAUAUUUGGCAAUAGAAUGCAUGCGGAAUAUAAUCUUCGAAUCGAGGCCGUUACUAAAUCAGAACAGGGGAUUUACAGAUGUAUGCUGCAUAUAAGUCAAACUCAAGAAUAUAUUUAUUCUAGGCCGGCUACGUUGACAGUUGAAAGUUUGUCCGAUCGUGUUCCGGUAUGUGAUUCAACGCCGAUUCACCCUGUACCUGGGUCCCAGGUUGUGAUGACCUGUAGGGCUGGGAGCCUCUUCAGUACGGAUGUCAUGUGGAUGUUGGGCAAUGUUCGGUUAAGAACUACUUUAGUACGUCAAGAGAACCGUCUGACUGCGGUUUUAAGAAGAAACGUCUAUGAACAAGAUAAUUUUGCAACUUUUAAAUGUUUUGAAAGAAGUCGCAGUAGAGGCGCAGUAGUCAAUGUUGGCGAGUGUUCUGUAACACCGUUAAGAGUUGAAACAAUCGUUAAAAUAACACCCAGUUUUGUAUCUCUCAGCGAAUAUAAAGAUACAAUGUUAAAGUGUUUUGGAGAAUCUUUGCCUGCAGUGACUUUCUAUGAAUGGCUAAUAGACGAACUUAUGGUCAUUAACACUCCAAGUAAACUGUUGUUGAGCGACAGAAACCGACAACUCACUAUAAAAUCUGAAUAUUUACGAACAUUAGAUAAACCCCAGCUAGAAAUUAGGUGUACUGCAGGAAACACUUUAAUUUCGUCAACAGUAAACAGUGCGUCUAUUCAAUUAAUCCUUCCUAAAAAGACAUCUACAACACUAAAACCAUUGACUACCAUUAAUAGUAUCGGUAAGCCUGUUGAAACAACCCAUCGGCUAAAUGUGAAAUUAUCUACAGAAAAAUAUAUCUCUAAAUACUCAGAUGAACAUUUAAUUACUACACUCACAACGGUCGCAAUGCCUACAUUGCAAAGUGAGAAACUUCCUCAAAAAUUGAUACAAGGUGUGGCGAUAAUAUCAGCGUCUGUCCUUGGAAUUAUUAUAGUUAUUCUAGUUUGUAGUAUUGUCCUCGUAUUUGUCUUCAAAAAGAAGAAAAGAUUAUUAGAGAUAAGUAACUACAACACAGUUGCUGAGCAACCAUUAGCCUCAAAGAAAGCAAAACAAUAUGAAAAUGAAAUUGUCACACCGCGUAUGAAAUAUUGUCAUAAAGUUGGGUCUUGCCAAACAUUACAACCACCACGGCUGCCGGACCGGGACCGUUACGUUUCAAAACAAAGGCGUCAUAUUAGUGAAAAUUUCAAUGCCAAUGGAAAACUUCUAGGUGUGAAUCCUCAGAGAAGAAGUGAGUAUAUUAGGAAGUCUUCUGGGGGAUCACGAGGAGAAGGGGAUGGAAGCAGUGGAGAUGAAGCUCAGAAAUGUAUAUCUCUUUAUGAAAAUGCAAUAGCCAUACGAUUGUCUUAUCUAAAUGAUUAUAGCAAGCGGUUCAAGCGAGUUGCCUCCCAGCAUAGCUAUGAUGAUGUUGAACCACUUGCGAUAUACGACAACCCGUCCGAUUCUAUAUACGAAGUGUCAUGACUCAUGGGACUUCUAACCACUCUUCUUAAUGUGCCUAGCAUAAUGGACCUCAUGAAAAUGUUCGUUUCAUUAUUGUGUCAUAUAAAAUAUAUCGUCAACAAACAAUCAUUCCAUUCUACAUCGAAGUGUUAGGUACUAUUUGAGAUGCAGUCUUUUGCCACUAAGCCAGUUUUCCAUAUAAGUCUCUAUCCGCACUAUCAAAUUGCAUGUGACACUUGGUCAUGAUGAUGUCAUAUCCCACUCAUAUAUGGACAUGAAGAUGUCAUAUACACCCAUAUAUGGUCAUGAUGAUGUCAUAUCCUACUCAAUAUGGACAUGAAGAUGUCAUUAUAUGGUCAUGAUGAUGUCAUAUCCCACUCAAUAUGGACAUGAAGAUGUCAUAUUACACCCAUAUAUGGUCAUGAUGAUGUCAUAUCCCACUCAUAUAUGGAUAUGAAGAUGUCAUAUUACACCCAUAUAUGGUCAUGGUUAUGUUCUAUCACAUCUGUAUAUACCCGUUAUAGGCAAAUCACAGGUAUUUGUCACAUGAAAUUUGAUAGUGUGGACAGAGCUUUAAGGCCUGUUUACACUUCAACGAUAACGAUAACG